AUGGCGAGCAAUCUCGCAAACAGAGCAGUAACGGAUCGAACCAUAAAACUAUGGAGACUCACAUCGAGCUUCCUCAGAAGCUUCAGCACUGCUUCCGAAAACCCUACUGCUGCUUCUGCUGCUUCUCCUUCUUCUUCGGCUUCGAAGAAACCCAAGCGCAAGAAGAAGAAGAACCUGUUUGAGGUGGCUCAGUUUUUGCCCAACUGGGGAUUAGGGUACCAAAUGGCUAAGACUCACUGGGUCGGCGUCUCUUACCAGAUCACCAAAAUCAAUCUUUACAAGGACGGUAGGCAUGGCAAAGCAUGGGGCAUCGUUCAUAAGGAAGGCUUGCCAGCUGCAGAUGCUCCCAAGAAAAUAAGUGGAGUCCACAAGCGUGGUUGGAGGUACAUUCCAAACUCAAAGUCGCCUGAAAGUGUUCCAAGUGUGACUAAACCUACAGAAAGUGCUCCAGCAGCUGAAGUUCAAGCAGCUUGA